AGAUGAGCUACAUAUGGUGGGUGACCAACAUAGGGGUUAUCUUUUGGAGCUUAUGUUGACGAAACUUCGUUAUGCUGCUGGUGAAGGAAGUUCAGAAUCAAGUAGUGGUGAGAGUUCAGGGAAUAGCAGUGGCAAGGCUGAUCCUGCUCAUGGCCUACAAAUUGUGGGUAUGAGUGCUACGAUGCCGAAUGUUGGAGCAGUUGCUGACUGGCUUCAAGCAGCUUUAUAUCAAACAGAGUUUCGACCAGUUCCACUAGAGGAGUAUAUUAAGGUUGGUAGCACUAUUUACAAUAAAAAGAUGGAAGUUGUGAGGACUAUACCAAAAGUUGCUGAUAUGGGAGGAAAAGACCCAGACCAUAUAGUUGAGCUUUGUAACGAG